AUGGGUGGAUGUUGCGGAAAAAACUCGAAAGAGGCUCAGAUUGAAAAAGAUUUAAAAUCGGGUAAAAAACCGAUCUUAUGGAUUGUCGGAGGACCCGGGUUAGACACUUACUUUAAAGUUUUCACUUUCAAUUCAUACUUUUUUUUAACUCUAACUUAUCUACGGUCAAGGUCUGGAAAAGGAACGCAAUGCACCCGUCUUGCUCAAAAGUAUAAAUUGGCUCAUAUUUCUUCCGGGGACUUGCUCAGAGCCGAAGUUCUCAACGGUUCCGAACUUGGAAAAAAGUUGAACGAAAUUAUGGAGACGGGUCAACUAGUACCUCGCGAAAUAGUGCUUGAUCUGUUAAAGAAGGGAAUGAUUGAAUGGUACGAAGGAUCGAACGGAUUCCUGAUUGACGGCUACCCUCGCGAAGUUAUACAAGGGAAAGAAUUUGAAGAAAAGAUUGGGCCAUGUACCAAAAUCGUUUACUUUGAGGUGAGUGACGCCGUUAUGAAGCAGCGCCUAAUGCAACGAGGUAAGGACUCUGGACGAGUGGAUGACAACGAGGAGACGAUUGCCAACCGGAUCAAAAUUUUCCAUGAACUCUCCGAACCCGUAAUUCAAGAGUAUGCCUCGAUUGUUUUGACAAUCUCGGGAGAACAAGAACCAGACGAUGUGUUCAAUCAGUGCUGCGAAAAUCUGGAUCCUCUUUUUAAGACUUGAACAACUUAUAGGAGUCGGUGUGCAGGGUGGAUUAAAAAUAUGAAUACUUAAUCAAAAAUAAUAGUAUACAGUAAAAUACUUGGCUGAAAACUGUUCGGGUGCAUAAAGGAUUAAAAAAGACACACUAUUUAGAAUA